UCUUCCACCUAAGUCAACAUCAUCCUUUUUUCCUCUCCAAAAGGUUAUUCCUUUUCAAUUUUAUUAUUAUCAUCAUUCAUAGCCAUUUUUUUAAAAAAGUUGACAGUUCAUUUCCAAGUUUUAUUUCUGAAACUCAGAGCUAUUAGUUCUCUGUUUUGUUCACAUGGUUUUUGAUCAGAAACAUAAUAACUCUUUACUCACACCAGAAAAUUAAAUUCUCCCACGUCAGCUUUUCAUAUUCAAGAAAGCUUCAUUUUGGAUCGGAGUAUUCAAAUCAUCAUCUAGGAAAAAGAAAAUGGAACGAGGUAGUGGGUUUUAUCCAGAUUGGAAGGAGACUUCUUCUUCCUUGUUUGGAUCAGAGAACAUGGAGGAAGAGCUAGAAGAAGAGCUUUUCUCACCCAUUCCACAGCCUCAGACGCCAAAAGAGCCAAUGGAGUUUCUGUCUAGAUCCUGGAGUCUCUCUACCUCUGAAAUCGCCAAAGCACUUGCACUCAAACACAGACAACAACAACAACAAGAACAGUUUUGUGUUUCACAAAACAACACUCCUGUUCUGUUCCCUAAUGCUGCCGCACAUCCACUCAUGGCAGGGAAGAUGAUGAACUCGUUUGGAACACGCAGAACAGGGACGUUAUCCAAAUGGUUUCACCACCACAAGGAACAACAUAGCAGUAGCAGUAGCAACCCCACCACCAACUGUCUCAAGAAGAAAGAUAAGGCGCGUGUUGAGAACGCCCACGUGCAUUCUGCAGUCUCUAUAGCUGCUCUGGCUGCAGGUGUAGCCUCUGUGACAUCUGCAAGCAAUUGCAAAGAGUCAAGCUCCAAGAUGGCUCUGGCUUUGGCCUCAGCCACGGAACUGCUGGCCUCGCACUGUGUUGAGAUGGCUGAGCGAGCUGGUGCUGACCGUGGGCGUGUUGCUUCUACGGUUAGGUCGUCUGUGGAUAUCCACGGCCCUGGUGAUCUCAUGACUCUUACAGCCGCUGCUGCCACGGCUCUGAGAGGAGAAGCGGCUUUGAAGGCGAGACAGCCAAAGGAAGCAAGGAAAAAUGCAGCUAUAACACCUUUCGAGAGAAGCUUCUCUGACUCUCAUUGGCCUUCAAAUUUUCAGUUUAGAUUGGAAGGACCAAAUCUCCCACUUGAAGGAGAACUGAUGCAGUGCGCUCGAAAUGGAGUGCAGAGAACAAAGCGUGUAUGUGUCUAUAUCAACAAGAAGUCUCAGGUUAUAAUCAAACUCAAAAGCAAACAUGUUGGAGGGGCAUUCUCCAAGAAGAUCAAAUGCAUUGUUUAUGGAGUGUGCGAUGAGAAAUCAGCUUGGCCAUACAGGAAAGAGAGGGAAAAUUCAGAGGAAGUCUACUUUGGUCUGAAAACAGGACAAGGACUUUUGGAAUUCAAGUGCAAGAACAAGGUUCACAAGCAGAGAUGGGUUGAUGGGGUACAGUCUCUUCUACGCCAAGUAAACUGCUUCGAGGCUGCCAAGUGCUCGCUGGGAUCUCUAAGUCUCACCAAUCACAGAUGAUUCAGGAUCCUGUGUAUAUAUCUCUGAUUAUAUAUACACAUUUUUUGCUGUUGUGAUGAUAUAUUUGCAAAAGAAAAAAAAAACUGGCAAUGUACAAUCUCAGUCUCUGUAAACCUCAUAAGACUUUUGGAUAAAGCACCAACAUGUUGUUCAGAUGAUCACAUCAAGUGGUAGGAACUAUUUCUAUGUACAGAAAGAGAAGGAUUGAUCUCAGAUAAACUUUUUAUUCCAGUGAAAGAGUUUCUGA